AUGGAGGAAAAGACUGAGGCAAGCAAUAGUAGCAACGGCGGUACCGCUAAACAUGACUCCAACGGCAACACCGAGUCGAAGAAACCCGCAGAUGACACCCCAAAGCUCGAGACGGGACAUAAAGAGCCGCUCAAACUAAGCGGAGCUCUCGACCAAUUCGAAUCCUUCGAUGUAACCCCGGUGAUCGGAAAGGAGUUCGUCCAUGUGAACCUCGCGGAGUGGCUCCGGGCUCCCAAUUCUGAAGAGCUGAUCCGCGAUCUGGCUAUCACAAUCUCUCAGCGCGGUGUCUUCUUCUUCCGCAAACAAGACAAUAUCGACGAUAACCUCCAAAAGGAACUCGUGCAGCGACUUGGAGAAUAUUCGGGCAAACCCCAGACAUCCAAGCUGCACAUCCACCCAGUGAACAACGCUGCUCGCGAGGACGGCGGAAAAGACGAUGAGAUUAGCGUCAUCUCGUCGGUGGGCGCUAAGAAGAUCUACUCGGACCGGUUUCUCACCUCUUGGAAACAGAGCCAGAAAAGCCAGUGGCACUCAGACAUCACCUUUGAGCCGAUUCCAAGCGACUAUGCUUUGUUGAGGUUGACCCAGCUGCCUAAAACCGGUGGUGACACCCUUUGGGCAUCAGGCUACGAACUCUACGACCGCAUCUCCCCACCCCUGCGCUCCUUUCUUGGCACUCUAACGGCCUACUACGCCCAACCAGGCUUCAAAGCCGCCGCAGACCGCAACGGCUUCCCGCUGGACUCCGCCCCCCGCGGCGCCCCCGAGAACACCGGUGACGUUCUCGAGGCCAUCCACCCCGUGAUCCGCACCAACCCCGUCACAGGCUGGAACAGCGUUUUUGCCGUCGGCCACCACGUGCAGUACAUCCACGGGCUCCGUGAGGAGGAGUCGCUACAUUUCCUUAACUGGUUCGUGCAGCUAAUUGUCGAGAACCAUGACUUGCAGGUGCGGAAUAAGUGGAAGGUUGUGAAUGAUUUGGCGAUUUGGGAUAAUCGCAGCGUGUACCAUGCAGAUACCCCGGAUUAUGUGCAUGAGGGGGGACUGGGGGAGAGGUCAGGUUCAAGGGCUGUGAGUUUGGGGGAGAGGCUGUAUUUUGAUCCCGAGGGUGGGAGUCGCAGGGAGGCAUUGGCUAAGGCGAGGGGUUGA